UCAUAGGCGUGAAGAUCAUCAUAACCUUAGUUUUGUCACCGACGAGGUAAUAUCAUCGACGAGAUAUUAUAGUUCAGUGAUAAAUGGAAACAAACGGAAAUAACGAUUGAAACGUUUUAAAGAUUCAAGAAUGAUGCAGGCUAUAAGGGCGAUAAUGAAGAACUCAAAUAUCUGUGAAUCCUUUACCCCAAAUUCUGUCUAUAAACAAAGCAUACGUUGGAAAAGAAAGCCAAUUUGGUUACCCACAGGAAAAACCAAAAUGUUUAGAAUACCAAAAAGACCUGUUAUACCUAUAGAAGAAAGCAUAGAACUCAAACGUUUAUUUAACACUUAUAGAACAUAUAUGACUUCACUCAGAUUAUAUAUCCAACAAAUGGCUAAAAAGUAUGAAGUACAGCUGGAUGAGAGAAAACUCAAGCAAACUGAAGAGGAAGAUUUCCAAGCAUGCAGUGCCAUAAACGACGAAUGGAACGCAAGUGUGGCAAAGAUACGAGAAGUCAGGUUAAAGGCAGAGAAAGAAGCUUAUAAAGAAAAAAUCUUUAAAAUAAUGAUGAAUAAAGAAGAAGAACAGGAGACAUUGAAAAAACAAGCCAAUGAACAGAUCAGAAGGGUUAAAGAAGUGGCUGAUACUUUCAUCACUGCAAAAAAUAUUGAUGCAGCAAUUGAGGAAUGUCUCUCGAAUAUCGUCAAUCACAAUCGGGGAAUAGAUUUAAAUGGGAAUUGGUACGAUGGGAAAUAUCCCCCGACACAAGUCACUGAGGAAGUAGCAACACAAUCGACUGUUAAUCAGUAAUAAGUUUAAAUUUGUAAAUUGAUCCAGUGAUUGCUUAGAAAAAAUAAGAAUAAAUAAAUUGUGCUCUUAAAAUUUGAUUACAUUGACAGAUACAAUCACUAUAAUAUAAAUACAAGCUACUA